CUGCUGGGCGCGGGAGGGCGCGCUGGGCGGAUUCGAGCGUCUCGGCGGCGGUUUGCCUGCCGGCCCGCGCGGCGGCGUCGCGGUGCGGGAACCGGUACCCGUUGACAGCUCCGCGUCUUCCGGCCGCGCCACUCGGGUGGCGGCUUCCUCCCUGCGCUCCCUCCGCGAGUCCGCGCGGCCUCUCUUGAGGCGGAGAAGCGGGGAGGCGGCGGAGGUCGUCGGGGGCGGCGGGCGGUGAGCGCGCUCCCGCUUCCCCGGCGGCGGCCGCAGGACAAUGGAGGUGGCUGUGGAGAAGGCGGCGGCGGCGGCGGCUCCGGCCGGGGGCCCCGCAGUGGCGGCACCGAGCGGGGAGAACGAGGCCGAGAGCCGGCAGGGCCCGGACUCCGAGAACGACGGCGAGGCAGCCCGGCUCAACCUGUUGGACACUUGCGCCGUGUGCCACCAGAACAUCCAGAGCCGAGCGCCCAAGCUGUUGCCCUGCCUGCACUCGUUCUGCCAGCGCUGCCUGCCCGCGCCCCAGCGCUACCUCAUGCUGACGGCGCCCGCGCUGGGCUCGGCAGAGACCCCUCCACCCGCGCCCGUCCCCGCCCCCGCCCCGGGCUCCCCGGCCGGUGGUCCUUCGCCCUUCGCUACCCAAGUUGGAGUCAUUCGAUGCCCAGUUUGCAGUCAAGAAUGUGCUGAGAGACAUAUUAUAGACAACUUUUUUGUGAAGGACACCACUGAGGUUCCCAGUAGUACAGUAGAAAAGUCUAAUCAGGUAUGUACAAGCUGUGAAGAUAAUGCAGAAGCUAAUGGAUUUUGUGUAGAGUGUGUCGAAUGGCUCUGCAAAACAUGUAUUAGAGCUCACCAGAGAGUGAAGUUCACAAAAGACCACACAGUCAGGCAGAAAGAAGAAGUAUCUCCAGAGGCAGUUGGUGUGACCAGUCAGCGACCAGUGUUCUGUCCAUUCCAUAAAAAGGAGCAGCUGAAGCUUUACUGUGAAACAUGUGACAAACUGACAUGUCGGGACUGCCAGCUGCUGGAACACAAAGAGCAUAGAUAUCAAUUUAUAGAAGAAGCUUUUCAAAAUCAAAAAGGUAUCAUAGAUACACUAAUCACCAAACUGAUGGAGAAAACAAAAUAUAUAAAGUAUACAGGAAAUCAGAUCCAAAACAGAAUAAUUGAAGUAAAUCAAAACCAAAAGCAGGUGGAACAGGAUAUUAAAGUUGCCAUCUUUACAUUGAUGGUGGAGAUCAACAAGAAAGGGAAAGCCCUUCUGCACCAACUUGAGAGUCUUGCAAAAGACCAUAGAAUGAAACUUAUGCAGCAACAGCAGGAAGUGGCUGGACUUUCCAAGCAGCUGGAGCACGUCAUGCAUUUUUCUAAGUGGGCCGUUUCCAGUGGCAGCAGCACAGCACUGCUUUACAGCAAGCGGCUGAUUACAUAUCGGUUACGGCACCUUCUUCGUGCAAGGUGUGAUGCUUCUCCUGUGACCAACAACACCAUCCAGUUUCACUGUGAUCCUAGUUUCUGGGCUCAAAACAUUAUUAACCUGGGUUCUUUAGUAAUCGAGGAUAAAGAGAGCCAGCCACAAAUACCUAAGCAGAAUCCUGUCGUGGAACAGAGUUCACAGCCACCAGGUGGUUUACCUUCCAACCAGUUAUCCAAGUUCCCAACACAGAUCAGCCUAGCUCAGUUACGACUCCAGCAUAUGCAGCAACAGGUAAUGGCUCAGAGGCAACAGGUGCAACGGAGGCCAGCACCUGUGGGUUUACCAAACCCUAGAAUGCAAGGGCCCAUCCAGCAACCUUCCAUCUCUCAUCAGCAUCCGCCACCACGUUUAAUAAACUUUCAGAAUCACAGCCCUAAACCCAAUGGACCAGUUCUUCCUCCUUAUCCUCAACAGCUGAGAUACCCACCAAACCAGAAUAUACCACGACAGACAAUAAAACCCAACCCCUUGCAGAUGGCGUUUUUGGCUCAACAGGCCAUAAAACAGUGGCAGAUUAGCAGUGGACAAGCUCCUCCCACAACUGCCAGCAGCUCCUCCUCUACUCCUUCCAGUCCCACAAUCACAAGUGCAGCAGGGUACGAUGGAAAAGCUUAUAGUUCACCCAUGAUUGAUCUGAGUGCACCAGUGGGAGGGACUUACAAUCUUCCAUCUCUUCCAGAUAUUGAUUGUUCAAGUACUAUCAUGUUGGACAAUAUUGCAAGGAAAGAUACAAGUGUAGAUCAUGGCCAGCCAAGACCUCCGUCAAACAGAACGGUGCAGUCACCAAAUUCAUCAGUGCCAUCUCCAGGCCUUGCAGGACCUGUUACUAUGACUAGUGUCCAUCCCCCAAUACGUUCACCUAGUGCCUCCAGCGUUGGGAGCCGAGGAAGCUCUGGCUCUUCCAGCAAACCAGCAGGAGCUGAUUCCACACACAAAGUCCCAGUAGUCAUGUUGGAACCAAUCCGAAUAAAACAAGAAAACAGCGGACCACCUGAAAAUUAUGAUUUUCCUGUUGUUAUAGUAAAACAAGAAUCAGAUGAAGAAUCUAGAACUCAAAAUACUAACUAUCCAAGAAGCAUACUUACUUCCCUUCUCUUAAACAAUAAUCAGAGCUCUGCUUCUGAGGAAGCUGUGUUAAGAUCUGAUGCUCCUGAUAGCACAGGAGAUCAACCCGGACUUAAUCAGGAAAGUUCCUCAAAUGGAAAGCCUGAGUGGCUGGAUGCGUCCCAGAAGUCACCUGUGCAUGUCGGAGAGACAAGGAAGGAAGAUGACCCCAAUGAAGACUGGUGUGCAGUUUGUCAAAAUGGAGGGGAACUCCUUUGCUGUGAAAAGUGUCCUAAAGUAUUCCAUCUUACUUGUCACGUGCCCACAUUGACAAAUUUCCCAAGUGGAGAGUGGAUUUGUACUUUCUGCCGAGAUUUAUCUAAGCCAGAAGUUGAAUAUGAUUGUGAUGCUCCCAGUCACUCAGAUAAAAGGAAAACUGAAGGCCUUACUAAAUUAACACCAAUAGAUAAAAGGAAAUGUGAACGCCUGCUUCUGUUUCUUUACUGCCAUGAAAUGAGCCUGGCUUUCCAAGACCCUGUUCCUCUAACUGUGCCUGAUUAUUAUAAAAUAAUUAAAAACCCAAUGGACUUGUCAACCAUCAAGAAAAGACUUCAGGAAGAUUAUUGCAUGUAUACAAAGCCCGAAGAUUUUGUAGCUGAUUUUAGAUUGAUCUUUCAGAACUGUGCUGAAUUCAAUGAGCCUGAUUCAGAAGUAGCCAAUGCUGGUAUCAAACUUGAAAGCUAUUUUGAAGAACUUUUAAAGAAUCUGUAUCCAGAAAAAAGGUUUCCAAAACUAGAAUUCCGGAAUGAAGCGGAAGAUAGUAAGUUCAGUGACGACUCCGAUGAUGACUUUGUCCAGCCCCGGAAGAAGCGCCUCAAGAGCGCAGAGGACCGCCAGCUGCUAAAGUGAGCAGCUCCAGGGCCAUAUGCUUUCUAAGAAUAUUUCCUUUACAAGAAUAAAAACAAAAAAACAAAAACCCAAAAACCUUGUCAACAUCGUGACAAAGAAGGUUUAUGAGCUCUGAUCUUUGCUGUUUACGAGACAUUGGUUUCUAUAAUAACCCAUUACUUUGACCUCUUGUCAUCGAUAAUUUAAAAAAAGAGGAAGGAAGGAAAUGUGUGGAAGAAUAAAAGGAAGAAGAAACAGCAAAGAAAGAAAAGACAUUCUUCCCACUUCUUGAAUACAACAUUCGGGAAUAAAAUCUACAAUAGAAAAUAGAUUUUGAAGUAAGUUGAGAUUUUAGUGUGAUUUGAGUGUGUGUGAUCAUCCAUUUUUAGAAUAUUAAUGCCACUACCCAUUAAUUAUGGCCAACACUAAGAGUUAGGUAUAGUGUGCUUAAAAGCAACCCUCCCCAAAGACAAGUGGGAAGAAGAGUACUUUCCCGGGUGCUUGCUGGGAAGGUGUAGACAGAUGCUAUUAAGACACCUAGUGGUGUCCAUGUAAGAUGGCAAAUGCAUUAAAGAAAAUCAGGAAAAAAAACAAAUGUUUGCUUAUUGUUUUUGUUUUUAUCUUGUUUGUUGGAGAUGUUGGGCAUAGCAGGUCUUCAAGGCCAUUCUUUCAUGUAUUUUCCAGAUCUACCUUUUUGUUCAGCUUCCUUUAAGGAAGGAAGUGUGCAUGUUAGGUGUUACUGUUUGGUUUUUGUUUCCCCCACUGUGUAAGUAUGCAGGUGUGCUCGCAAAGCAGGCCCCAUUGUUGUCAGUGUGCUUUUUACUCUGGUUUGUUUGUUUUAUCCAGACAGGAUCUCACUAGGUAGCCCUAACUAUCCUAGAACUAAAACUCACUGUGUAGACCAAGCUGGCCUUGAACUCAGAUUCACCUGCCUCUACCUCCUGAGUGCUGGGAUUAAAGGUGUGCACCACUAUGCCUGGCUCGCAGUGUGGCUUUUAGUAGUACCAUCAAAUAUAAAAUACAAUAGGAUACACCAAUAUUUGAAACAUUUCUUCAACUUCUGCCCUGGUGGCCACCCACUUGAAAAGGCUUUCAUUUGUCUCUAUCAUUUUAAGUGGAAAGUAUGCUGUCGGGUUUGGGGGGUGGUAUGAGUGGGAAAAUAAAUCACUUUUUCUGAAGCA